AUCAGAUUGGGGGAGACACCCGGUGCAGGAGGCUGAGCGAACAGGGGAGCACUAAGACCCAGGGGUAGUGGAGGACCGCAGGAACGAGCUGGAGGAGGAGAAGUAAGGGGCGGGAGCCAUCUGGUACUUUGGUAGCAUUCGAAACAGCAUCUGCCAUAACGACAGAAAUGGCCAGUCAGACCCAGGGCAUCCAACAGCUCCUGCAAGCUGAGAAGCGGGCAGCUGAGAAAGUGGCUGAUGCCAGAAAGAGAAAGGCCCGGCGUCUGAAGCAAGCCAAGGAGGAGGCACAGAUGGAGGUGGAGCAAUACCGCAGAGAGCGAGAGCAGGAAUUCCAGAGCAAGCAGCAGGCGGCCAUGGGCUCCCAGGGGAACCUGUCGGCUGAGGUGGAGCAGGCUACAAGACGCCAGGUACAGGGCAUGCAGAGCUCCCAGCAAAGAAACCGAGAGCGUGUCUUGGCCCAACUUCUUGGCAUGGUCUGUGACGUCAGGCCCCAAGUCCACCCCAACUACCGUAUUGCUGCCUAGGACCCACCAUAGGCCCUGACUCCUCCUGCCAGUUUCCUCCCUCAAAGAAAUCUCUCAAAUCAAUAUCACAUCCCACCAUAAUCCUUUACUCUUUUCCAUUCCCUGGAAAUCCCAGGAGGCGAGAUCCAAUAGUUCUCCUGUGCUCAGAUCUGAAUCCCCCUGUUGCUCUUUAAUCCUCAAGGACAUUGUAAAUUCCCAAGUCACUCUCAUUCACCUUCUUUGUGAAAUUUGUAGCAUGGGGAAGUAGGGAUGUGGAAAACACCCUGACCUCAGAGCCUGGUAAACUUGGGUCCCUCUCCUGACUCUGCCACUGCUGGCUGUGCAACUGGGGCAAGCUACUUAAUGUGGUAGCCUCAAUGUCCUCCUCUGUGAAACUGGAAUAAUAAUAACAGUGUCUACCUUUUGGGGUUGCUGCAAUGAUUAGGAAUCAUUCUAUAAAGAGUUUAGCGUGGUUUCUGGUGUGUGGGAGCUGUGAUUCAAUAAAUUGGCAACCCUGUGAUAUUACCAACCCCUACUUACCUAACAAAACUUAAAUACAGCUGUUUCACUUGUCAGUGGCUCUCUAAUUCCACUCAUUCAUUGUGUGACCUUAGUAUUGCUCUGAAGAAUUGGUUGUCCUCCCAUUUCUUUUCCCUGAAACCUUAUGAUCCCUGAGAAGAUGAAAUGAUGACCUCAUUUAGUCCCUCUACUAUGGCUCCAAGUAGAUAAUACUGCAUCUGUUAGCCUCUCUUUGUUUCUUUUAUGCUGGUCUUUCUCUUUAUAGGAUUGUACCCUUUUCCUAUUUCUCCAAAUACCCAUUACAUGCUCAGUGUUUCUUGAGAUUUUAAGUGAUGCUGUGUCCCCUUGUAUGCAUGGCCUUCCUUUCUACAUCCUCUAAGCCUUGCUUUCCCUU